UUGCUUUUAACAGUCAUGGGCAUGUGUGCUCAUCAAAGCCAGCCAGAAGGCAGUAAUGAACAAAAUACAGGUGAGAAAUCAGCAGACCCAGAAGGAGGCAAUCAAGAAGAAAAAAAAGGAGAUAAAGUGGAAGAGAAAUCCGUCGAUAUUGCAGGGUUCUAUGCAACUGGAGAGCACAUUUGGAUAUUGGGAUUAAGCUCAUCGCCAUACCCGUGCAUGCUAGACGUGGUUGAACAGACAAAUGACACUUUCACCUUCUUUACGAGGUUUCACCAGGAAAGGCAGAGCUUCCAUCGCAAGGACCUGCUUGGAAAAUUUACCACGAAGCCUACGGAAGGAAACACAUACAACGCUAUGGAGGUAUCACCCGCGCGGGAGAACGCACGCCGUAAGUACCGUCGGCGGCGAGCCAAUUUAGAAUACGGUGCCUAG